AUGAAGCGACACGGCAGCACGAAAAAGAAAGACCCUCCUCGAAAUUUCAUCACCCAAGAGCCUAGACACGCAGCUCGGAUAUCGCCAAAUAUAUACCCGCGGUUAGUCACUGAGCUGACGCGGGCAGAAGUGAAGCAGCUAACGGAGGUCCUACACCUAGACAACGCGCACGAUCAUGCCUCGCAGCAUGGACCCAACAUUCAAAAGAUGAUGGAAGCCCUGCCGAAGCGUCUGCGCAAGGAAUGGUCCUUCUCCAUGCGCUCAAUCCAGUCAAGGUGGCAGCCGAGCACGCUGUGCGAGGUGCAUCGCUCGCUGAAUUCGGACAUAAUUAACGACAUCUUGCGCCUGGUGCAAAAUGAGGUCACGGUGCACCUCCGCAAGUUCGAAGCAUUCCCUCAACUCGUCGGGCCCAUCGAGCAGGAGAUCCUGUCCAGACUCCGGGCCUUGAAAGGAAUGUGGACUAGACCUGGGUCUGGCUGGUCUGUGGCACCCAUGACAUGGGCAUACCAGAUCAACAACUGUGCGGCGUGCAUCUUGGCGCGCAUUGUGGGGGACAAAUACACGGUCCGCAGCCUGUUCGUGGUGCUGCAAAGCCGGACCCGUACUCGCAAGAAGCACCGUUUGCGCCGGUUGAUGCCCUUCAUCGAUGAGAGUCUGAAUCGCUUCGGCACUGAAUCUGACGGAUUGCACGGCACCGCCAAUCAACUGGCCAACACGCUCAAGCUCACCCGGAAACGCUGCAUUCGGGCCUGGCACGAGGAUCCCAAUCGCGAGCACAGAGGUCAACAGUACAAGAACGGGAAGUCGACUUCGAAGCACCACCACAACAGUCAUGCUCAGAAAGAUAUUCUCCUUCGACCGGGUUCAAGCUCCGUGGCAUCACCUCAAGCCAACCCCGUGCCAGUGAAGAAGGCUGGUCACUCCAGCCAAGCAACCAUCUCGUCGUCUUGUCAAAGUGGGAGUACCUCCAGGAACAUAUUCUGGGACAAACGGCCCCAACGAUCCACAGCCGCGGGCCCAGUUUCCAGAAACAUCAGCCGCCAAACUAUUCCAGAGCGGCCUGUAAACCCGGAGCCUCCAAGGACGAUCCCAAGCUCAGCUGUGCCCAACACACCAAAAGCCCCAUCACGAGCAAACACGCACAGCAAAUGGGGCCCCGACAUCAACGAGCAGAUUGACGAACUGAUCGAGUCGUACCAAACACUCGGAGUACAAGGCAAAUCCUCGUCAUCGCGGAGCAGGAACCCGUCGAUGCUCACGUCGGCGCAAGCCAGAGUGAGCGAGCAGUGCAGACGCACUAAGACCAGUACGAAGCGAUGCACAGUGUUCCCCGGUGCGCAGCAGCACCAGUCCACGGGCUCUGCGGAGGUUCCGCUAGUUUAUCAAUACUCUCCGUCUGAGUAUUCGGACAGCGACUGGACAGAUGCGCCGUGUGAGGAUGAGGGCUAUCAGCCGGCACGGCGACAGUGGGGUCCAUCGCCGGCUACGACGACUUGGAGUUUGGUGUGUGAUGAAGGGAAUGUUAUUUGA